AUGAACCCCCAGUUGGCCGGGAUCCUGCUCUGCGCCCUGGUAGGCGCUGCCUUGGGACACCGCGCGCGGUGCUAUGACUGCGGUGGCGGCCCCAGCAGCUCCUGCAAACAGACGGUGAUCACCUGUGGUGAGGGUGAGCGCUGCGGCUUUCUGGACCGCAAACCCAACGCAGGACAAGCCAAGCAACCCUCCAUGACCCUCAGCCAGCACCACCCAGCCUGUGUGGCCACCCAUCACUGCAAUCAAGUGGACAUAGAGUCGGUAGGAGGCGUGACCGUCACAACACACAAAAACUGCUGCGUCGGAGACCUGUGCAACAGUGCCGUGGCGAGCUCCCUGACCCCUCUCUGCAUCCUGGCUGCAGCUGUUACCACCCUGGCCUGGCUCUUACCAGGACUGUAG